AUGACCGUCACUCUGCCUUUCCCAAACGAGACGCAUUUUCGAGUGUUGCUAAAGCACUGCGAAGAGUCAUCCCCCGACGAUGUCUUCUUUUAUGACUCCUCCUGCGGAAUUGAGGCGAAUCACCAACAGUUUCUACAGGAUGUAUAUGCCACGCGACAGGGAUUGUUGAACGGGCUUCCCAGGGUUCUCUUCAACGACCAGGACAUUAUUCAUGAGGAGCGUCCAUUCAUCUGCCUAUUGAAUCAGGGAAAUUAUGAAUACAUUGUGGCGGCUUUUGCGGUGCUGAUUCUUGGAGGAGCAGUGGUUCCUUUGUCCCCAAACAUCCUCCCGGAAGAAGCCUCGCAUUUAAUGAAGCAGUGCCAGUCCGUCGUCCUGAUGGCUGGACCGAGCGUCUCCGACCAUGCCAGCGCGAUUCAGCAAUACGCCUUGAGCCAGCAGCAGGACAUCCACGUCCGGUCAAUUUCUAUACAUAGCCCUCAGCAACUAAUCCGACCCUCAAUUGAAGAGGCCAUGAUUAUCUCACCCGAGCGGCCCAGCAUGCUAGUCUUCACCUCCGGCACAGUAGGACCGCCCAAGGGCGUCGUCCAUGCGCGCCGCCUUCUGGACUUGCCCUACACUCCAGCGAAACCCGGGGCAUAUCUCAACUGCAUCUCGCUGUGGACUGUCGGCGCCGUACGGUUGAUCAAGCAUACACUAUACGCACGUCGCAUCGAAAUUAUCCGUCCAGACCCUGGCAUCUUGUGGGAACGUCUGCGCAAAGGCGGCGCCGCCUUUCUCGCUGCGGUGAUCCCGGUCUGGCAGGCUUUGAUGGAAUAUUUCCAGCAAAAUCUUGACCAUCUACCAGCUGCGCAGCGGGAGGAGUAUUUGCGCGGUCUACGUGGUCUAAAUACUGCCAUGGUCACCGGCGGAACACUGAUCAGGUCGAGACUGCGGUUCUGGAGCGACCUGGGGAAGCCGUUGAAGUUGUGCUACGGCGUGACAGAGCUGGGGAGGAUAUGUCUCGUCACAAGAAACGAGGUAUCAGUGGAUCGGAAUAAUUGCCUUGGACAGCCGGUCUUGGGAACAACCAUUAAGCUUUCUGAAGGGGAUUAUGGAGAGCUACUGAUCAAAAGCCCGAACGUAUUCAUGCGCUAUCUGAAUAAUCCCGCCGCCACAAAAGCGGCCUUUACGGACGACGGGUUCUACCGAACGGGUGAUAUGGUGUCGCGAGAAGACACCGACUAUUUCUUCCAUGGCCGCGCCUCAACAGACUUCAUAAAGUACUACGGCUAUCAGAUCCCUAUCCCCGCCCUCGAACAGCAGCUCAACGAACUCCCUUGGGUGAGGGAAGGCUAUAUUCUCUCCAUGCCAGACGAACGCUGCGGAUACCGCGCCGCCGCCCUAAUCCGACUCAUCAAGGAUCCCAACGCUGAUCUUCAGCCAGCCACCUUUGACCUGCCGAAUCUACGCGCACAAUUAACUGACAAGAUAGCCGCAUUUAUGCUGCCCACCGCUUUGAGGUUCUUGCAGGAGGAGGAGACCGUGCCGCGCACGAUAUCGGGCAAGAUCAUCCGCCGGGACGCCGCAAGGCAAUUUUUUCCGUGGGCGAGAAUGGAUGUUGCUCGGAGGCGACGGUACAGGUGUGGCUGGCGCGGCCAUCGGUGUGUCGGACGAGUAUCAACCGGGCGUGGGAUUGGGCUGGGGCGCCGAUGUGAAGAGGAUCAGCCCUAA